AUGAUCACAUCGGGUUUCUUGAAGAAGGAUACGAUGCCGCUCGCCACGCUGCACGCUGCCGACAAGCUCGCACACUUCCAGCGCAUCCGCUGGACGCCGAACUUCGACAAGGAGGGGCUGCCGUCGCUCCAGCGGAAGGCCUCCAUAUCACACACCUUCGUGCAUAAAGCAGCUCACGACUUCGGCUCUCCACUUGGCUUGGAGAUUACGAGUGCUCUACGAGGGAUGGAUACGUGUUCGACGCUCUACAAGAUCCUGUCUCCAAGGUGUCGGACGAAGCGGCACGCUCAUCCCGCGCUCGAUGGCCUGCAACGCUGCACCCGCCACGCCUAA